GGUUGGCCUCGCUCAGAUCCAUCCAACGGGAAUGGCCGAGCGUUACAAAGUGUGACACAAUAUGGUCAUUAAGUCGAAAUAUUGUACUACAUCUCUUACUCGCACUGUACCGUGAAAGGAGUAACGAUUUAAUCUUUAUUUGAUGUCUCUGGUGUCGGGAUAGUUCGCAGAAUCUGCACGCGCGGCGAAAUGGCGAUGUAGUAUGAAUUUCUGUACUCCAGAACAUAUCCGGUGGCUAAGCGCCCACCGCGUACCGGUAGAGACCUGUUGCUACAAUUGCACUCUCCUGCCUAAUGCCCAAAUGCAAGAACUCCUGGCGAUUUGCGAAUCUUGGAAUUGCGAGGAAGAAGCCCAAGAAGGAGAGGAAUCAGUCAGAGGAUGGGCCGAAAGAGAAUGUGAGUGCACGAAUCUCUGUCAGUCAUAUAGUGCCAGGAAUAUAUCAAAGAAGCGCGCCGAGUGCAAAGGGUUUAAAUGCAUUCCUGGAGCGAGGGAUUGCUGCUGUCGUCGUAUGCUCUUCGAGGAACCAGAUUUCAAGGCAGUCCCAAGCCUAGUCGAGACGGCCUGCAGAGCUCGUGGCGUCGAUGUUCUCUUCCUUCCCAAAUUUCACGGCUGAAUCCCCCAUCGUCCAAGGAAGAAGACCUUCGAAACGACGUCUUGAACGCGCUCGAAAGUGUUCCGUUGGUGGCCAUGCGGCGGUGAGUCUGUGCCUGCGCGUACCACAAGGGUCUUAACGGCGCACAAGCCGCAUGGGCAUCGAAGAAGUAUCAUAGCCAUCACACCCUACCAAACACGAUAAUGAACGAGCUUCUUGCAGCUGACACAAAUUCUCAGGUUUAAUCACGGAAAAAUUCCAUACUGCUCUGGUAGUUACAAGCUCCAUGAUAUAUAAUAGUGCAAUGUGUCCUGGUCGUACCUAAUUACAAUCACGUAGCCUCGGGCGAUGUCAGUACACUCU